UUGUUGGUUAUGCAUUUUUCUGUGGCAGCGGUGCAUUCUUUCUCGACUCCCGUGUGUCAGAUCAGUGUAAAAAAAUCAAGCAUCUGUGAAUUCGCGGAUCGAACAAAAUUGUCCGGAUUGUCCGUCGUGAAACACGAUAUUUUCCCUUGCUCGAAGCAGAAAAGUGAUUUUGAUUUGCGUUGCCUUUAUUCAAAAUCCUGAACAGCAGCCAAACAUCUUUCGGAUUAGGACAGAAGCGUCUCAAGGGUCGUGUUCGUGUUCCGCGAGAUUCGUAGUGACAGCUGAAGAAAGUGGUGUGGCGGUGAAAGGAGGUGGAGAAGUGCCAAAACGGGGCUAGAAAAACGCAGUGAGUGAUACUAAAAUCUGGCAGCGGAAAAAUCGAAUUUUGACCUCAUCCUCGUUUGACGUGCGUGUGUCGAACGGUACCCGGAACGGAUUUUCGGGAAGAAUCGCCCUCUGCCCAUAAAGAGCGCCUUCAGCUGCGCUCCUCUGGAACAGGAAAGGAAAACUUCGAAUCCGUAAAAGUGUUGCCGAUUUGGUGCGUGGGCUUUUUCCUCCUCUGUGCUGCUGCCGUGACAUUAUUUGGCUUUUUAAGGGAUUGGAUUCUGCCGAAGGCCAUUGCCGUCGCGACGCCGAAGGAAGUAGCAGCAGCAGCAAGAAGCGGAACGAUGGGCGAGCAUUCUUUGCAGCAGGGACAAACGAGUUCCGACCAGGGGCAGCAACAGGGAACCGAUUCAGCUGCGGCAGCCGGAACAUCCACUUCCAAUCGACAGCAACAGCUGCUGCUGGAGGGUGAAUUGCGUGACAUCCGGCAGCUGUUGUGGGGUCCCAGCAUCCGACCGGAAGUGUUCCGCCGGUGGUCCCAGGGGUUCGAUUUUAGCCAGCACGAACCGUCGGCUCUGGUCCAGCACGAUGGCGGACCGUGUUGUGUAAUCGCUCCGGUGCAGGCCUACCUGCUGAAGAUUUUGCUCAUGGAGACACCCGGCCACAGCUUCAGUGAUUUAACCCCGGACAAGUGCAAAACCCUGCUCAUCCAAGCCAUCUGCCAGAUUCUGAUGAAAUGCAAAUCCUCCAAGUACCGGAUCGUUAGCCUGCGCGCUAACCGGCAGGCGGCCGCCGGCAGUGGCGUCGGAGGUUGCCCCUCGUCGUCCGCGGCAGCCCUCCCAGAAGAGAUAGAUGGCGAUGCCGAGAUGGUGGACGCCCUGGAGAACGUGCCGUCGCACGAGCAGCUGGAACUCGGGGUGGAUGCCGCCAUGACGGCCACCGCAGCUGCCUCGGAUUUAGUCAAUCAGAACACCAUGGAGGAGGGGGCGGCGUCGGUGGCGGCGGCAGAAGCCCUGGAAGGCGCGGCCGAUCAGCUGAAUCCGGAAACGUUCCACGAGCGGCUUUGCGUCAGCGAGCUGGAACAGAUCGACGACGUCGAGAAGUAUUAUGCCGGAAACUUUCACGUGCUGGCCGACGAGUGCGGAGUGCUACUUCUGUUGUAUACGGUUCUGCUGACGAAGGGAGUGGAUAACGUACUAAGUGAGGUGUCGGACACAUCUGAACCGCUGAUACACGGCACGUACGGAUACGGUAGUCAGGCACUGAUCAAUCUCAUGUUGACGGGGCGGGCCGUUCCCUACGUUUGGGACAACGAACAGGAUGUCGGUGGAUUAAAACUGAAAGGCAUCACACAGCAGUCGGACAUCGGGUUCAUCACGCUGAUGGAACAGAUGCAGUACUGCACCGUUGGCUUCUUCUACAAGAACCCGAAGAACCCGGUCUGGGUGAUGGGCUCGGAGACGCACCUGACGGUGCUGUUCAGCAACGAGCGGAGGCUAGUGUCGCCGGAAACGCCCAGCGAGGUGGCCCGGCGGGUGUUCCGGCAGUUCGACACCGAGGGCAGCAACUUCAUACCGAGCCCGCUGCUGCAGGACGUGCUGUGCGCGCUGGAUCUGGUCAGCGAGCCGGAGUACGUGGACCUCAUGCGCAAGAAGCUGGACCCGGAAAGCCUCGGCAUCAUCCUGCUGAACGAUUUCAUGAACGAGUUCUUCCCGACGGAGAAGAAGUCCGUUCCGGACACGUUCGACCUGCUGCACUACAACGGGAUCCCCAAUUCGAACUGCGACAACCGGGUGCGCUACAACAAGGGCCACGCCAUCCAGCUGGAGAGCGACGUGCGGAUGUGCAACCCGUCGGAUCCGAUGCUGACCUGCCUGCAGACCAAGUGGCCCAACAUCGAGGUCAACUGGAACGACUCGCGGACACCGUCGCUGAAUUGACCGCUCGAUGCGUACUGUUUGUUGUUGGCAUAAUUUACAUUUGCACAUGACGAUCCCGAUCCUCGAACCGGGAAGGGAGCGACACGUGUGCAUUAGGGCAUCUCCCUUUACCUUUAUGUGGAUACAAAACCAAAAUGCUCCUAGAUUUUUCUUUUUGGGACGGCAGACAACUUUUCAAGUUGAUUGUAUCGGACUAACACACGAUUGAAUGCGCCAUUUCUCCGGAACCUGUUUUUAGAAGCGAGCCCACACAAAUACAGUCACAGACAUAUAUGUAUCUCACUCACACUCAUACGCAGUUGAAGCAACCAAUCACACAAACUAAUCUACAGAACAGAAGAAUAAAUAGAUACUAACUCUGAAACACAAAGUAGAAAAUUUAACGAAAUAAGUAGAGACAACCAGGUAACCAGUUAGCACAUAAACUACUAGAGACAGAGAUGCGAGUUUCACUAUCUACUUACUACAAUUACCAAAAAAAAAACAGAAAGCCAUCAUAACCAAUCCCCAUUUUCUCAGACUACUCAAAUAACCAAACAACAGAUCAAUCAUUUAAAGUUUAAAACAGCUGCGCAUCAAAACAACCAACGAGAAAACAAUACAAAGAAGAUAUAGAAGAUGCAAUCUCCCUCAGAAAAGCGACAAGUGACCUGCGAAACAACGUGAAUGCAACAAAAAAAAAAAAAAGAAAGAAAGAAGAAACAGAAGGCGCGAAACGAAAACCGGGAAACAGGGAGGAAGAUUUGUGUUUAGUUCUUGGUUUUAUCACCCCCGCCCCAUUCUUCCUCCUCGCGAGAUAUUAUAACAAAUUGAAUUCCAUUUUCCGCAAACGUGUAAUGUGUAGAUUUGACCUUAAAUGAUUAAAGAUGAAAAAAAAAAAAACAAUGGAAAAAACGCGCGUAGGAUUAUAUAUAUUAGAAGAAUCAAGAAAUACGAAAACGAAAUCAAAGAAAAA